GAGAGAGAGAAUGGCCUUCUCUGCUGGUUGCUGCCUCAAUCUCUCGCCUCCACCAUCUGGGUCCAGCCCAUCAUCUUCUCGAAGCUCAACUAAAACUGAUCAAGUUUCAUGGCCAAGAAAAGAAAAUUCAUUGAAGAGCAAAUGUCUCGUGGGGUUGACAUGCAUGAUAAUAAGCUUAGAAAUGUCCAAUUUAAUGAGUGGUGAAGGGCUGGCCAUUGCCCAAGAUUUGCAAUUAAUUGGUGAAAGAAAAGAGGUAACGAGGUGGAGCGACAAGAGAAUGUGCCCGCCCUGGCAGCUCAACUCAUUGGAGACAAUUGUGCCGGAGAACCUUCCCCGGCCGUCGACUCGCCGGAGAUGGGAGUCAGUUGGUCAUUCCACAACUGCCCCGGCAGUAAAAAUUCUAUUUAGAGCUCACACCAAGUCAGAUUGUUUUUCCAUGUGAUGAUCAAUGCAUUGUGUGGUGAAACAUUUAUUCAUGUAUACAAAUAUCUUGAAUUAUAUAUAGAUGAUUGUUAUAAUGAAAAUUUGGUCUCACCAUUUUA